AUGAAGAGACGAGCUGUGGAUUUCGCUUUUGCGCUUCUUCUUCUAGUGGAUUUGGUUCAGGCUCUCGCCAUCCCUAAGAUGCACCCUGAUGAACUGCUCCGUGGGAGGAAAGCUCGGGACGGUGGGGCCAGACACGCUGCACAGAGGCACCGCAUUAACAGCCUGCCGCACUACAUGAUCCAUCUCUACCGGGUCAUGCUGAUCGAAGACCAGAUCAGUACUCAGGCUGACAGCGUGCCCCACACUUGGAACGAAGAAAAUCUUCACAGCUCCGAUUCUGUGAUCAGCCUGGUCGCCAAGAGCUGCCAGCAGAUCGGAAGGAGAUGGUCCCUCACUUUUGACAUGUCCUCCAUGUCUGCAAGCGACAUUGUCCAGCUGGCUGAGCUUCGCAUCCGCCUGCCAGCUUUUACAGAAUCUUCCAGCGCUUCAAUGGACAUCUACCAUUCCCACAGUGAGCGGUGCAUGGGCACUCACUGCCCCGAGAAUAGGCUGCUCCUUGGCCACCUUAGAGUUAAUCCCAGUUCACUGGUGUCGCCGUCCUCCUGGAAAGUGUUCAACAUGACGCACAUAGUCCAUCGCUGGUUGCAGCAUCGGGAGCAUUCCGCAAAGAGGAUGGGGGAAGAGAAGCCAGAGGAGAGAGAGCAGGAGCAUGAAUUAUUUCAGCACCUUACAGCUGACAGGGUCAUCAUGGUGGUGUUCUUAAAGCAUGAAGCAAAGGACCAGCGAGUACCAACGCUUAUCCGCACAGCAAAGCACUCCAAGUACGCUGGUCUGGGCAGGGAGCACGUACCCUCCAGAAUGAGGAGCAGCAGAGAAAAGAGGGACCAGCAGACCCAGCAGCAGAGAGAGGAGGGUGGGAGAGAUGCUCCCAGGGACAAGGCAACACAAGAGGAGAAAAAGGAUCAUCUGUGCAGGAAGGUGGACAUGUGGGUGGACUUUGAGAAACUAGGCUGGAGUGAGUGGAUUGUCUAUCCCAAACGAUACAACGCUUAUCGCUGCAAAGGGACCUGUCCCACACCAGUAGAUGAGACCUUCACCCCCACUAACCACGCAUACAUACAGAGCCUGUUGAAUUAUCAUCAUCCAGACGAGGCACCCUGUCUGUCUUGUGUGCCCACACGCCUGGCACCAAUCUCCAUGCUGUACUUUGAAGAUGGAAAGAUGGUCAUGAGGCAUCAAGACGACAUGGUGGUGGAGGAGUGUGGCUGCCAAUGA